GAACACCUGCAACGCAAGAAAGGAAGGGGGGAAGUGAGAUCCACAUUGUCCGGAUUUCACACGUGUCUAAGUACAUUAACGCUGAGGAAGGAAAAAACAAAAAAAAACCGAUGAGUGGCCUUCGUCGUCGUCGUUUCCCCGCCCCUCUCCUCCCCUUACUCAUCUUCCAAAUUCUACCAUUAACUAUAUCAUUUACUCCUAAUCACCUUAAUGACAACAACACUCAAUUCCUUAAGGACGUUUUGAAGGAGAUAUCGGUGAAGCAAGAUUGGGAUUUGGAGGGAAUUGAGAUUUCGAAGCUGGAAGUGAGUAAAAUUAGGAUUUUUAGUUCUCAGAGAUACGAGUUUAAGAUCCGAGUUGGUAAAAGUUACAUGCUACUUAAAUUCCCUGAUGAAGUAGAUUCUCGGAAGAAGUUGAGCAAACCAAAAUCAAGUAUUGAUUUUGGAGACCUGAUUAAGGAAUUCGGUUCCAUGCCUGUACUUGACACUUUGAAACUCCAAGGCCCUUUUGAUUUGUGGGUUAGUGGCCAUGGCAAUUUCUCUUUGCUAUUGCCGAUGAAUGCUUCAUAUGGUGGUCUGAAACGAAUAAUAGUGGGAGAAGGAAUCUCUGUAGAAGUGAAAGGAGCUAAAGAGGUCUCUCUUUUUCAAGAUUUUGAUCUUAGUUUGGCUUUGAAUGGAAGUGACAUUAAUAAUAAUAAGAUGGGAAAUGGUUUCUACCCUUUCGGGGAUUCGAUCUGCCCGCCGUUAUUACCUAUAAGAAUUAUUGGAUCUGCAUCGCUUGUUGCCAACAAGAAUUGGGACCCUGAUGCUGAAAUUGAAACGAGAAUGUUAUCAAAGAAGACUAUCGAGUUGGUAUCUAAUAAGUGUUACGCUAGGAAUGUGUACAAGAAUCGGGCUAGCACCAUGCACUUUUUAAGUUCCAGUAUUGCUAGGCUGGAAGAAGUUUUGAGAAGUUUUCUUGGUGACAGAAUUACUCGAAAUGGAUUGUCGAGCUUUCUUAGAGUAACUGCUAAAGCAUCAACACUGAUUCGUUUUCAAUUAGAACUGGAGAAAAGUUUCGGGAGCAACGAGACUGUUCAAGAAGUGUUGGCAGAGUGGAGAACGAGGCCUACUGUUGAACGGGUUUGGUUUGAGGUAUUAGCAAGAGUUGAGGGUGAGAAGCUAAAACCCGUAAUUGUUAAGAAGGUUCGACCUUUUAUUGCUGUUGAUUCUGCUUCUUGGAGUAAUUUAAUGUCUAAUAUUUCCUUCACAAAUUUCCCAUCUGUUCUUGUACCUCCUGAGGCUCUAACACUGGAUGUGAAAUGGUAGGACAUAACUUUUGUAAAUAGUGUAAUUUUAGAAUGUUUACAUGACAAAGUAACGAGCUGUUAUUUGUGCUUAGCUUCAAUUGAUGAUGUAAAUAGGAUCACCAACGCCCAGUUUUUGCACUAACCGCUUCAUUUUGCAGUCCUGGCUUUGAAUCAGUGCAGUGUUGCCAUUAUUUUGCUUUGGCUUUGUGAUUGUGGCUUUUAGGAGCAUGCCCCCCUUGCCUGUACUGUUGUAUACCAUGGAAAGUUAUGUCUUACGAUGAUUGCCCAACACUCUCUUGAGAAUUUUA